AAUCAACAGUCAGAGUACAUCAGGAUUUAGUCAACAUUCAUAAUGAAAUUUCUGAUUGUGGUGAUCGCCUGUCUGGCAAUAGCUUCUGCUAAAAUAACAGAAGAGAUGAUGGAAACUUUGCGUGAAUAUACCGCGCAAUGUGUGGAGCAAGAGGGUAUAACCAAGGAGCAAGCCUUUGCUCUGCGAACUGGCAAUUAUGACGAUCCCGAUCCAAAGGUGAAAUGUUAUGCCAACUGCAUGAUGGAGAAAAUGGGAUUUAUGGUCGAUGGCCAAUUCAAACCGGAUAUUGCUCUAGAGAAAUUGGGACCAAUGGAUGGUGUUGAUGCCACCAAGGCAAUGCUGGUAAAAUGUGGUUCCAUCAAAGGAUCCGACAAGUGUGAUACUGCUUAUCAGCAUUUCCAGUGCUUCCACAACAAUCAUUCUGAAUUGUAAAUACUGUAUGAAGUAAAAUCUUGUAUUGCUUGUUGGUUAUUAAUAAACUGUUAUGAAUGAACAUUAAAAAUGCG